CUCCAUUUUAAAUGUUCAUUUUAUUGCAGUUUAAAAUUGUGUGUUAUCAAUAACUUUCCGAAUUAAACCAGAGUAUUUCAGUGAAAUUCAACAUUAAACGCAAAAAUUUUCAGUGAAACAUCGAUUCGGAUAGCGGCCGAAUGCAUUGUGUACAUCAAAGCGAUGUAUUUCGCAGAAUUUGAAAGUGUUUUUGAUGUUUGUAGUUUAAGAAGGGUUCCCCCGCAAACAAAAAAAAUUCACUGUGUAUUUUGACAUAAAAAACAAAUAACGCGACCGCUAGACAAGCGAACCAUUUAUUUGAUAAUUUGUGUGAAUUAUAGUGCGAUGGUGUGAUGAGUGAAUUCCUGGAAAUUGUUUUUAUUUUCAACAUUUACCGUGAUUGAAAAAUAUAAAUUUUAGUUUUACAAUUCAUCGACAAAAGUUCAUCAUUCUAGCGCCAAAAAAGACACAUAUUUCUAAUCCACCACACGGUCAUUUUAAUUUAUUUUUAAUUAUUCAUCGAACACUUGUUCACUCAGUCAGAGUUUCGAGUAAUUACAUUCGAUCUGGAGACGCUUAUUAUACACACAGUGAAGAGACAUCGAUGAACGCAGUCAAUCAAUUUGCAAUUUUGAUUGUAUUUACUCAUUGACAGCUGAGCUGUCGUCCCUUCGUCAUUUAUUUUUCAUUCAAUCAACACUCUUGAAGACGCACUCUAUAUGUAUCAAUGUGGCAUCUGUAGUAAGCAUGCCGGAUACCUAGGCUCCGGACCAGCAUGAAGGAGAUGGUUGGGGGUUGUUGUGUAUGCUCGGACGAACGUGGUUGGCCUGAAAACCCGCUCGUCUAUUGUGAUGGCCAAAAUUGUACGGUAGCUGUACAUCAGGCUUGCUACGGCAUUGUGACUGUGCCGACGGGACCAUGGUUUUGUCGCAAAUGUGAGAGUCAAGAACGGUCGGCUCGAGUUCGAUGUGAAUUGUGUCCGUCAAGAGAUGGGGCUCUUAAAAAGACUGACAAUCAAGGAUGGGCGCAUGUGGUAUGUGCACUGUACAUACCAGAAGUGCGGUUCGGUAACGUUACGACCAUGGAACCGAUCAUUUUGCAAUUAAUACCUCAGGAACGAUAUUCAAAAACCUGCUAUAUAUGCCAGGAAAUCGGAAAGGGAUCGAAAGCCCACGUAGGAGCGUGUAUGCAAUGCAACAAAUCUGGUUGCAAGCAACAGUUCCACGUUACAUGUGCCCAAGCAUUGGGAUUGCUGUGCGAGGAGGCCGGUAAUUACUUGGACAAUGUCAAGUAUUGCGGCUAUUGUCAACAUCAUUACAGCAAAUUGAAGAAAGGUGGAAACGUCAAGACCAUUCCACCGUAUAAACCAGUAACGAACGAAGCCGGAUCCAGCGAUCCGCCAUCGUCACCAGAGAAAGAAUCUGAAACUCUUCCAAGCAGUCAUCAUAACACUGCGUCAACGUCUGCUUCACUGAAAUCAGUAUCGCAACCAUCGGCAAUAAUUCAGUCAAGUGCGUCCACAUCGUCAAAACAACGAAAAUCGGGCGGAAGCUCAAAAGCAUCAAGCAGCACGAACGUAACUGCUGGAAGUUCAAGUGCGACUGCUGGAUCGACUGGCUCGACCGGUACAGUCAUUGCAAGCGCUCAGCCGUCAACGAUACCGACGAGUAGCAUUAAAGUUUCGCUGAUCAAUCUAAAAGAAAAGGACGGCAAACAUGGCAAAAGUGUUCAUAAAGUGACGAACUCAAGCAAAGGACAUGACAAAGAUAGCAGUAAGAGUGGAAAAUCAUCGAAAGCCAGUAGUAAAGAUAGUGCAGAACAUACGGGGAGCAGUUCAGGCGGUGUCAAUUUAGCAUCAUCAUCGCUGAUCAUUUCGAACAUGAAAGACAUGAAUGCCACGGCCAAAGAAACUUUGGGCCAAAAAUUUACCACCUCAAAUUUCACCGAGACGGUGGUUGUGAAUUCGGAAUCGGUGUUUGGCAGCGAUAAUCUGAAAGCGACUUCUGCAGUGCCAACAAUGACGGUAGCUAAGAAACGGAAGGCCGAUGGCAGCAAGUCUACGUCAGCCAAUUCCAGUACAGAAGACAUAAACAAAGACUUGAUAAAAGACGUGUCGGUGACGCUAGUUCCGCUUUCAAUGGAUCGAACGGACACAAUGGGUGAUGAAAAAACUAUGAAAAAGCAAAAGACCGACACAGUAGUAGCGCCCGUUGUUGCAUCGACAACAACGCCAGUGUCAACCGCACAUAGUAAUGUAACGGAACCGAAUCUGCAGAAUGUCAGUCCGAACGUACCGGCCCAGCUGCAGAAACAACAAACCGCCUCGGCCGUAUCGUCGAUGAAACAACAAGUCAUCACACAGACGUCCAUGCAAUUACCACAUGUGAAAUUGUCGGCUAAUGAGGUACGGCUACAAUCAUCGCCGGCAUAUAAUGCCUCAUCGACGGCAGUAGCGUCGUCGUCCUCGUCGGCUUCAACAAUGUCAACAGCGAUGCCUAGUCUAGUGGUAUCGGUGCCGUUGUCAAACGCUAAUGUACCUGUAACAGUUCUAAAUGCCUCAACAAAUCGUUCAAGUCCUGCCACAGUCAAUAACGCUCAACCACCAAAUCAUACAACCGAACGUCGAUCACCACUGAUCAUAUCGAAUUCAACGCUUUCGCCACAAAUUCCGUCGAAUGUGAUCAAUGCACCGAAUUUGGGCGUACUGCGAACAUCUUCGCCCGUUCCCAGUAGUAGUAGUUCGGGCGCCGGUCAAGAUGAUGGAUUGAAAAUCACGUUCGAAAAGCAACCGAACAGUCGAGUUGCACAGUUACAGGAAGAGUCCACGGCAGUGGGACGGAGAUCCAGAUCCCAUUCAACCGACACAAAAACUCGUAAUGGCAAAAAGCGUUCAGCUGCACCGUCGACCAGCCCUUCACCGCCCGUAACUUUCACCACAAUUCCCGAUUCCAACUCAAUAGCCAAUAAUACCACCAGCAAUUCAGCCUCGAAUGGCACGCCACCAGUCGGCACGACAAAUAAAACCAAACCGAUGCAUAAGAAAGCCCGAACACAAUCGAUUGAAACUCCACCAUCUUCUACUUCCAGAACGCCGGACACAUCGGCAAUGGCAUUUAACAAUUCGUUCAGUGGCUUGAAAUUUAGUUACGAAGCCCAGUCUGCACCACCGGUUGCUGCACCAACAGCACCAGUGCCGUCUGCGUCAACACCGCAAUCGAUUGCGAUUAAAGAUUCGCCGCCCAGUUCACCCAAUUCAGAAGGUGGUUCCCGAAAGCCGAAUACACCGUCGACGGGUGAAGCCAAGGAUUUCAAAAUCUUUCAGAACGGGGUUCAUGUUACACAUAUGCUGGGCAAUCAAUUGAAUCCGGCGAGUAGUGUGGCACAAAAGAUGUCCGAUCAAUUACACAUGGAACUGGAAGCGAAUAGUAUGUAUACGUCGUCGAGUCUGGAUUCGGCUAGUCAAUUCGUUGGACCACCAUUUCCAGGCAAAGCUCAGGCACAGGCAAGAAACGCACAAGCACAAGCUCCAGCGCCAUCAUUAACGUCAAUGCUCGGUGGAAAUGGUCAACCAACGGCAUCCGGAAACACACCAAGAAGUUUAGAACAAUUGCUUGAACGGCAGUGGGAACAAGGUUCACAGUUUCUGAUGGAACAAGCACAACAUUUUGACAUUGCAUCAUUACUCUCGUGUUUGCAUCAGCUAAAAACAGAAAACGUGCGACUUGAGGAUCAUGUCACGAAUCUAAUAGCUCGCCGAGAUCAUUUGCUAGCAGUAAAUGCUCGUUUAGCCAUACCUUUAACAUCUUUACCACACGCACAAGCUCCAUUCAAUAAUAUGCACAUGAACGGGCCGACCGAACAACCACCACAAAACCCAACGAGAUCAGGACGGCCGAGUUCACAUGGCUUUCAGCAGCAGCAACAACAACAGCAUCAACAACAACAACAACAACAAAUGCCAGUAGAAAAUGGCAUUGACUUUCGGCACAAUUCACAUCAGAGCACGGCAUCGUCGAUAAGGCAAUCUACCGCCAAUAUGCCGUAUAACAAUCAAACAGCUCACAGUUCUGUACAAAAUAGGCAACAUUCGACAGCUACCACGUCCUCAAGUAAUCCAGACACACAAAGUAGAGGUCGUGGUUCAAGUAGCUCUUUUCAAACAACGACUGGUUAUUCUACCGCCCAUCAGCAAGGUCAAAAUCGACGAGAAGACGGCCAAAUGAAACCUAGCUGAAAGCCGUUUACAGUGCAAACGACUACAAAGAUAACACGGCAACCAAUUAUCAAUCCAAAAAUGGCAUCCAUUCAACAAAUAAUAACGAAAACAGAAAACAAUAAUUUAAGCGAAACCAGCAGCAACAGUUGCGACAAAACAAAUUUUUUAACAGAAAAAUCUAAUUUCCACAACACUAGUGCCCUUAGUGCAAACGCAUUAGCCGUUAUGCAAUUUAUAAGUAAUAGUGAAAACAAUAGCAAUAACAACCGUAAACGGAUGACCGUUCGGUCAGCUGUAGAUAUUAUUACGCAUGGAUCUCAACAGAAUAGUAGUGACCAUUCAAUUUGUUAUGAUUAUUUGGGCAAUCGUCGUACUGUCGAUCGCCGCGAUGAACAUUCAAAUGAAUUCAAAUGUAUGAACCAAGUUCAAAUCAAUCGCCGACCACCGAGUAAUGAUGAUGUUGUCGCUGAUGUAUCUUCAUCGCAAAAAUGUUUGGUUCGCAAACGGUUGCGUAAUAACCAUUUUUUGCGUCGUAUUAUCAAUAAGACUGCUAAUAAUCAGUGUGACGCUCAUGCCAAAACUAAAGACUUUUCCAUUGAUUUUUUAUUGAAUUAAAAAAAAUAAUGAAAAUUUGAGAUUUUUGGACAAUUUUUUCUUUUCCUUUUUCUUCUUUUUCGUUGGAGUGUGUCGCUUCUUUGUAAUAAGAUCGUAAAGUUAACAAUUGAAUUGAGUUUUGUUUUUCGGUUUCUUUUUAUUAAAAUCGUGAAUUAAAUCGUUCCACUCGUCGACUCAUUACAGUGACAACAAAUUGUCGCAGUCGAAACGGUUUUUCGAAAAUCAAGCAGUGUGUCGUCAGUGAAACGUGAAUUACAAUUUUCGUCAACUUAAAACGAUUUCAUUGCUGCGGGACUUUCGAAGAAAGCGCAAUAAUUAGACCGAGAGCUCCCAUGGAUAUCAUUCAGGCACGGUUUGGAAGCUAUACCAAAUUGUAAAAUUGCACGAUACGAAGGGAACAUUUGCUCAUGACUGAACUCUAGGAGGUUCUCAGCCGUCACGCAUCGUUGAAAAUCCAUAUUUCUAUUUGGCAAACAGCAAGUUUGGUGCCAUUCGAAAGGUAUUCGAACUGUCUUCAUCACAGUUACUUUUUGUUGCGUUGCUGUUGUGUUCAGUGAGAACAGAAGGCGCUUAAAGCAAAAAAUUUGGAUUUUCUGAGAUUUUUAAAAAAGCGCGCGCUACUUUUUCGCUUUCAGUGUCGAUUUUCUAUAGUUAGAAACAGUGAAACAUCAGCGCUUCACUUACAAAGAAUCAAUUGUUUACACAAUUUUACUGCAUCUGCAUCCUGGGAUGAAUUUUCAUUGAAAUUCGUUCAAGACGAUGCGUAAAAGCCGAGCAUCCACAUAUAAAUGUUGCAGAGCAAAAAAAUAGCUAAAUACUGAUACGGGACACGACACAUUAGUAAAUUAUAAGAAAAAUGAAAUUUCGUUGAUUUACUUCCGAUUCAAACACGCUGACGAUGUUCUUUUUGUCAAAUUUAGACAAAAACCCUAAGUUUAUUCGAAACGGAGCUUAAUUAAUGAAACUUCAUUUUUCUUAUAAUCCACUAAUGUGACAUGUCCCAUUUCUGCAUUUAACUAUUCAUUUAAUGUUAUUCGUAUCGGGUAAUGUCACGAUUGUCGCAUAAGUUUUAAACCGUGACCUAAUGAGAGACUGACAUGCAUCUGGACUCUCGGCCUAAAAUGAGAGAAGGAUUUUCGUCUCAGCUUUUUUUUAUUGCAAUUAAAGAAUAAAAUUGACAAUGGGUGCGCGCUGUGGUUACAAUUGACUUGUUGCCGACAAGAUUCGAGGUAAAAUUUUUGUUUUUUAUUUUCUAGAAUUGAUUUUUUUGUUUAAAUUAUUUAAGUCUUUAAAGAAAUAAUUUUUGUUAAAUUGAAACUUAUAAAUGAAAUGGGACUGUGUACAUGAUAAGCGCCAUAUAUAAAAUAAUAAUUUAGUAAUUUUGAAUUUUUUAAAUUAAUUUCGUCUUUUCCUUCGGAUUAGUUAGAUGUUAUACGUAUACAUUAGGACAAAAACAAAAGUGAAAUGAAUGAAUGAAAAUGAGACUUUAGAUCGAAUCCAUGUGCAAUGAACCGAUGAAAUAAAGUUUAAAUUGGUCAAGGCUGCCCGAAAAAUGAGGUUAAUUCAUCGAGUAACUUCUUUCCGGACAUCUAGCUUCAAUAUUUUUCUAAAAUCUUUGCCACGCAAAACGUCAACAUUUCGUCAGAAAACGUUAAUGUUUAAAAUGUUUGACUUCCUCGGAUUUCUUAGCUCCUCGGAGCCGGAAAUGGAACGUUUAUUUUUGUAUAAAAAAAACGUAAUGUCCUACUGAGGAUCGAUGUAAAUUUAUCGCGACGCUGUAAUAAUAAUAUCCAGGAUAAUCGUUCCACAUUAUCAAAAUUAUCAACACUUGAGAAUAACAAAACUAAAUUUUCCCAAAUGCUGAAAACAGCAACUCACCUUACACCAGCCCCCUUUACUUACUAACUCUUCCGUCAAGUCCAGUUUUCGAAGUUAAAAACUAUGAGACGUAGAAAAAUGAUAAUUCGACUCCAGUAAAGACUCACAUGAGGAAGCAUUACAUCGACUUCUUGAGAAUAUUAUCUCAGCUUCAGAAACCUCAUUCACUUACGAAAAUUGGACUUCUCGAAGAAUCGUGACAAUUAUUAAAACGACUUUGUUGGAAAAAAUGUUUAAAUCGGAAGAGACAUCCUAAAUGGUGAAAACGUGGGUGGCUUUGUAUUAUCCAAUGAAUUCACAAUCAAGCAUCCACGAAGACAAAAUUUUAAACUUUACACUAUCCGGUACAUUGUAAUAUGGCAUUCAAGCAAAUUAUUAGGACGUAGAUGUACUCAUUUCGGGCCUAUAAGUUUUUUUAAUAUUAAAAAUUAUCUUCGCAUUUUCGAUUUUUCGAUAUAAAAAUUAAGAAUGAAAACAAAAGAAACAAGAAAAAAAAAAAUUCAGACACAAAAUCAUCCAUACCAACCCACAAGCGAAUAUUUUUCAUUUUGGGAAAAUUAAAUUGAGUUUUUAGAAAACACUAAACACGCUUCGUUAAAUUUUGAUACUUUUUUUACGUCUACUUAUUUGUUCUACCAAUAAAACAACGAAUCCCAUGCAAGACGCUCUUUAAUUUGGAUAUAAAUUUGAUAACCCAUUCUCUUCUCCCUUAUACAUUUCCUGAGGAGUAAACAAUUAAUUUUUCCUUGCUCUAUUAGGACUGAUCAAAGAAAGUUUCGCCUUUGAGACUGGUGACUUUACCUAAAUUUACUCAAAUUUACACAGAAUUUUUGGAUAAGCUUUUGUUAAAUUUGAGUGUAAAUCUAGAAAAUAGGUUUCCUGAUGACAGAGAUUGCUAUUUUCACUUUCUUUUAAUGUCUACCAAAUGUAUAUCAAUAUUCGCCACAGCUGUUUUAGCGCCCAUACAAACACAUUACUUAUGCUGACCUUAUUCUGUGAAUUUUCAUUUAAAAAAAUCUUGAAAUUGUGGAAAUUCCGAAUAAUUCUAAAAUUUUCAGAAUUUUCAGAAUUAAAGUUCCCAAAAAAAAACCCUGGGCUUGAUAGUGACAGAUACGCGUGAGGUAGUGAUAAAACUGUGUAAUCAAUUAUAAAUCAGUGUGUUUGAAUGAGUGGACCAGUUAAUAAGACAGCUGACACUAAUCUCGAUAAUAAUUAAUUGACUGUGCAAUUUGAAGUUGGGCGUGGAAUUAAUUAGUCCACCUUCAGCACAUUUGGUACGGAGAGUCAAAGUAUAAAUGUCAUAUUUUACGUCCACUUCUAAAAUAUUGUGAUCUCUCUAAUAAACAAACAAUUUCUACAUUGAAUAUUCCUAUUAUUUCCGACAAACAUUUCCUUCCGAUUCAUUUGGCAUUGUUAAUUAUUAAUCGAAUUAUUUGCUGACAGCUUUUUGCUAUCUUUAAAAUUUACGCUUAACUGAAAAUAAGUUGGAAAAUUGUUCACAAGAAUCAUUCUGUUGAAGGCAGGGACUAUUUUUUGACAAACAAAGCUUAUUUUCGAUAAAUGAAAUUCUCUCAAAUACAGUUACAGGCGGUGAAAUUUCAGCUUGAAAUUGCUUCAGCUGUUUUUCAGCUGAUCCACCCAAACAAUCUAAGCUGUUUCCGUUUUUAAACGGUUUUAACACUACCACGCGCGUGCGGGUUGAAGCUUCAACAGUAUAAACAGUUUUGAUGGUAUUUGUUGAUCAGCUGACAAACAGCUGAGUCAUGAUGAAAUUUUACUGUAUCUGACUGUAUCGAAAUUCUCCAAAAGUUGUCAAAAUUCUCAAAAAUGAAAUUCGAUAAUUUUGAAAAUUUGAAAUUUUUUACGAUAAUUUAGAGAAAAUUAUCGAAAAUAGUGUUGGCUAAACAUUUUCCUAAAGUUAUCCAAAUUUUCCUACGUUUUUGCAAAUAUUUUUGGGAAAAUUCAAUGAAAAUAUGGGAAAAUGUUUUCCCAAAAGUAGUCCCUGGUUCACCUGGUUCAAAGUGCAAUCGGGGCAUGACAAAAUUUAUAAAUGGGAAAAUAAUUACAGAAAUUAUGUCGUUAUUGUAUGGUGUACGGUUGAAAAAUAAAUGUGAAUGAACAAUUCAUGGGUACGUUUUAAUGGAAAAGAAUUUGCAGAUAAAAUAUUUACUCGUUAAAAUAAAAGUGAAGAAACAAUGAAAAUAUUUUUUAAAUCAGUGUAAAAAAAAUAAAAUAAAAAAAUUAAACAA